AACCUCAAACCCACAAGUAUCUAUCUGUCUUAUUCUGUUCCACUGAAAGCUCUUACCUUUUUUGUGUGAUUGGUUGGCUCCAAGGGAAACAGUGCCAAUCGUUCAUAUUAUAUACAUACAUAUUCUGAAUCAAACCAUAAAAGCCCAUGGAGGGUUUUCGAGGCAAGAACUCAGAGAUGGAUGAGCAGCUGAAGAAUCCCAUGGUGGAAGCUCGUGAGAAUGAUCAUGAUCUCGUUCAUUCUUUCUCUUCUUCAUCUUCUGGGUUUUCAAGUGGGUCAUCAAUGGAAUCGGAUUCCUCUGAGGAAGUAACAUCAAAUCUUGUGGUGGCAGCAGUAGCACAUGACUCUCUGGGUGACAUGUCCUCUCUGUUUCAGCAACUUCCCAUUAAGAGGGGACUCUCGAGGCAUUACGAAGGGAAGUCACAAUCAUUUACUUCAUUGGCGAGUGUAAGGAGGUUGGAGGAUCUGGUCAAGGAAGAAAACAAUCCAGUGAAGAUGAAGAAGAUGGAGUGUUGCAGAAGAAGCUAUGGAGGAUUGUGGAGAAGUAAUGCAUUAUCAGGGCAAAUUGGUAAAGGGGAAUGGAAGUCAAGAAGGGAUCAUAGUGUUAUAGGCCAGCAAUUCCACGUCAUCAUCAUCAUAAUAGAUCUACUGCCACAGCCACCACCAUUUCUAAUCAAGCUGCUUUGUUUGCUUGAGUUUUCUUGUUCGAUCGGAUAUUGCAGAGAAGUUUUAUGUGAUUACUGGAUUUCAUUUCUUAAAUAGAAAAAUUAGGACCUGGUUUGUCUUUUCUUUUUGUGAUGGUAUAUAUAACCUUGAGCAGCAAUUCUAAAUUAAGGACUGUAAUUUGUAGUAUAUGUUUAUUUUCUUUUCUUUUGUUAAAAUAAUUAUCUUAUUUUUGGUAUC